AAAAAUGAGCUCCGACGGAGCAGCGAACACGGCUAAGCCUAGCCGGGAAAACACCAAUGUUUCAUCGUCUUCUACCUCGACCGAUAAUUACCGGCUUCUGCUACCUACUCUGCCUACAGGAAACAUUUCCAGGAAUACGGUUUUCCUCCACGCCGACCCGUCAGCGAGGCCAUAUAGGGCUGACGAUUUUGCGGAUGGUGUGUUUGCGGUGAUAAACAGGGACGAUGUUGCACAGUUCGGGGCAUACUUGUUCAACCACGUUUGGGCUCUGACGUUGCAUUCUGGGCUACCGAAGGAGAAGCUGGCAGCAAGGAAGGAAAUCACUGCGAAAGGCAAGAAGUGCUUAAUUAUUGAUCCAAAUCAGAAGGAUACGCAAGUGUCAAUCCACUGGCUCCCGAUGCACGUGCCAGAUAGUGCAGUCAUAAGUGCCCUUAACGCGUUUGGUAAGGUGGAGGACAUACAGCGUGAAAAAUGGCGGUCAACUGCAUUUGCGGGUGUAGAAACCACGACGCGAAAGGUCAAGAUUGUCCUGCGGGAAGGAGUCUCAGUUGACAGCAUCCCGCAUAUUAUGAAGAUCUUGGGGGGACAAGUGCUCCUCGACAUUCCAGGCAGACCGCCACUCUGUCUCAGAUGUAAGAGAGUGGGCCAUUUGAGAAAGCAUUGCAAAGUGCCGUGGUGCAAGUCAUGCCGAAGAUUUGGCCAUGAGACGGAGGACUGCGUGGACACCUAUGCUUCUAAAGCAACAGUAGUCGACGAAGAUGGUGCGACAGUGGAAUUGAUGGAUGUUGAGGAGUCAACAAAAGCAGGAAACAAGGAGCAAGAAAGCCCUUUUGGCGCAAAAGAGGCAAAUACGGAUCCUCAACGUGUGAGCCAGCCACCCACCGAUAUCCAAGUCAGCACUAAUGCGCAUAACCCCGGUCAAAGCCAGACUGCGGCCCCCAUCGAUGGAGAAGAAUCGGUUUCCAAGGCUGACCGUUCGACAGAUCGUGACAAUAUAUCGAGUCUAAUACAGGGGACGCCCCAAUGCGAUGCAGGGAAACCGAGCAGCAACCAAGAGCGGGAGCUACCAGGCUACAAGGACGAACUAGAAUCAAGUCGCAACAAGGACGAAGCUGCAAGCUGUAAUGAGGUUGAAUCAUUACAGGGGUCAGGCAACGCUCUGAACGAGGGAAUAUUAGAAGGAGGGAAAAGUGACCGUAAGUGGAAAGAAGUCGGAACAGGCCUAAAACGAACAAGGUACACACCAACGCCGAUUAUUACCCCAGAGGAGAGACGACGGCUACUGAAAGAACAGAAGAAGUAA